UCACACCCCGCCCCUCCUUCUUCUGCGGCCACGCGCAUCCGGCGCACCCGUCGGACUCCGGAGCGGCCUGUGGUGUUGUUGCCGCUUUAAGAGCAGGAUCAGCCUCUGAGACGCCACAUCCGGGCACUGUCCGCUGGGUUCUGGGGAGGGGGAACCGGGGAAAGAAUCGGGAAGAGACACCGGCGACCAGUUAAAAGAUGUUCAGCUUUUUUCGGCGCACGCUGGGGCGCCGUUCCAUGCAUCGGCAUGCUGAAAAGGAACGACUACGGGAAGCCCAGAAGGCAACGACUCACAUUCCAGCAGCUGGAGAUGCACGGUCCAUAAUCACAUGCAGAGUGUCCUUGCUGGAUGGGAGUGACGUCAGUGUGGAUUUACCAAAGAAAGCCGAGGGCCAGGAGCUGUUUGAACAGAUCAUGUACCAUCUGGAUCUGAUAGAGAAGGAUUACUUUGGGCUGCAGUUCAUGGAUUCAGCACAAGUGCCUCACUGGCUCGAUAACACUAAAAGUAUUAAAAAACAAGUAAAGAUUGGGCCACCCUACUGCCUACAUUUGCGGGUGAAGUUCUACUCUUCAGAACCCAAUAAUCUUAGAGAGGAGCUGACCCGGUAUCUCUUUGUGCUGCAACUGAAACAGGACAUUCUCAGUGGCAAACUGGAGUGCACCUUUGAUACAGCUGUGCAGUUGGCAGCUUAUGCUUUGCAAGGGGAGCUGGGAGACUAUGACCCUUCAGAACACACCCCAGACCUGGUGUCGGAGUUCCGAUUUACACCCACCCAGUCAGAGGAAUUUGAAUUUGCUGUGUUGGGAAAGUGGAAGGAUUUCAGGGGACAGACUCCUGCUGAGGCUGAGACCAACUACCUGAACAAAGCCAAGUGGCUGGAGAUGUAUGGGGUCGAUAUGCACAUGGUGAAGGGUCGUGAUGGCAACGACUAUCAGCUCGGCCUCACUCCAACGGGUGUCCUGGUAUUUGAAGGGGAAACAAAGAUUGGCUUGUUCUUUUGGCCCAAAAUCACCCGACUUGAUUUCAAGAAGAGCAAGCUGAUGUUGGUGGUAGUAGAAGAUGAUGAGCAGGGCAAGGAGCAGGAACACACUUUUGUAUUUAAAAUGGAUCACCCCAAAGCGUGCAAGCACCUGUGGAAAUGCGCAGUGGAACACCACGCCUUCUUCCGGCUUCGCUCCCCCACCCAUAAAAGCUCCAGUCGCUCUGGGUUUAUACGGCUGGGAUCGCGCUUCAGAUACAGUGGCAAGACAGAAUAUCAAACCACGAAGAGCAGUAAGCCGCGGCGAUCAUCCUCAUUUGAGCGUAGACCUAGUAAACGUUAUUCCCGUCGCACAAUGCAGAUGAGAGGUCAAGCCCAGAGGCCAGAAUUUACACGGUUUCAGAGGGAACAACCAGGCCAGACCAAUGGAUCACAGCAGGUUCGGCCAUCCAACCCUAGUGUCUCACCCUCGGGAGCUGCCCUACUAGAGAUACAGAACCUCACCCGAAGCCCAGGAGCAGGACAGGGAGAUCGAUGCUUUGUUGGAUUAGCCAACCGCAAGGACUUGCUGGAGAGUAGUCUGGAUGAUGUCAUGACUGUGUCUCAGGGCCCUGCCCCUCUGCCUGAUGCUGUUACCAUGACCUUCACCAAUCUGGAAGAGACUGUGUUGGAAACAGACAAACUGGCUCCAGGGACUGAGGAUGUGACUGUGAAACGGAAUAAUCCAGAAACUGAUGCCAUGACCACACAUCCUGUCUGGCCCAACAUGAAUAUCAAUAUGAAUAAACAGGAUGAGACUGUGAAGCUGCCAGAGAAGUUGCUGAAUAACUCUGUAGAAAGUGCAGGGGGCCCCCCGGUCUGGCUUACAACAGAUAUUAAGAGCAAUAUCUUAAAGGCACAGGGGGAGGCUGAAAACAAGUUCACAAGGGAAGAUCUAGAAGUGGAUGACAAGAAUAAAACAUCUGACGAAUCAUCUGCCAGGAACAUCACUGUGAAAGUUAAUAACAACCUGUCAACUCCACUGAGCCAGGAACUGCCACUCUUCCAGGACUCCCAGGACCCCACAGCCAAUGUCUUCAUUAGAAAUGUUCUGAUUGGCGAGAGAAAAACAUCCAGAAGCGAAUUCCCAGAGGUUCCCCCAAUCCUUACCCCUCCAGAGGAGGUGCCUGACAUUAAGAGUGCGACCGAAGAUCUAGACAACCUCAUUGCGUCUCUGACCGAAAAUCUUAUUGACCUCACAGACAUCCCCCUGAAGGUGCCUUCUUAUGCAACAGUCACUCCCCGGUGGUUAGUACCACAGAGCUCUGUUGUAUCAAAUGGACUUCUGGGUGAUGAGAUGGCAACAAGCAAUGUCCCAGAGAGGCUUCCUGCUCUCACCCACUCACUGGACUCAACAGCGACUCCAGGCAGUGUGAGCACUGGGGAUCCUGGGGGGCUUCCAAAGCCUAAAUGUCUGCUGACAACUGAGCUGUGAGUCCCACAGCAAGACCUUGAUACACACUGGAAAUCCAACGAACCCUAGAAAGAGACCUCUGGACUCAUGGGCUGCUGAUCCUGCUUGAAGGAGACCAACAGAGGUUCCAUGUGCAAUGGGCAAGAGGAUCAAGGCAAAGUUGUACUUUUUUUUACACUGGAGUAUUUUUAUUACCAGACCUUGUCGUACAUUUCCAAAGAUCUCGUCACAUUCCACUGAAGAAUCUGAACUGCCUUAUAGCAAGAAUUUAUAGGGCGUCAUUGUAUGUAAUGUUUAAUGUCUGCAGGCGGGUUGAGAAUUCCACUCUACGCAACAUUCCAGCAACUAGAUGGGUAAAUAUUGUAUUGGAAAUAUGUCUUUCAUGCAGUGUCUGGCCCUUUUAUGUUCAUCAGAAAAAGAAUAUUGCAGGUUGGGAUCAGGGAAAAACCAAUUUGUGUGAACUAGGACUCUCCAAGGUAUGGCCCUUCAGCACCCCCAGAUAGCCAAUGGUUUGUACUGAUAUAAAGUGGUACUGUCCUGUCACCAUGCUUCCCUACUGACUCCAUCUUGAUGUUUGGUUACUAAUUGUUAUUCUGCACAGAGAGCCUUAUUUAUAUACAUAUCUGUACUGUGAGCGGCUGCCCCCAUGCUCUUUCCUCCAUGGUAGUGCACAAAGUGGAAGCUGGCACCAUAUUACUGUGAAGAAUGUUUACUUGGUGCUACAGAGCAGUAGCUUUUGAACCUAGUGGGGCUGAUUUACCAAUGUAAGUGCAAAACUGCACCAGUGUUGUUACCCAUAGCAACCCUUCUGCUGUUUGCUUUGAUCAUUCAGCUGAAAGCCAACGCCCCUUGUCCUAUAUGGCAGUUUUCUGCCUGUGUUGGUAAAUCAGCCCCUGUGAGUGUCAGAUGUGGGAAUGACGGGAUGUGACUGUUUUACACCUGAAACUCUGUGUCCUGUGUAAGUGGUUGGUGUGUUGGAAGGCACCGGGUCCCUCAGUUCAUUGUAAUAGAGCACAGCACAGACUCUAGUAGGGGUUUCUUUUCUUUUACAACUAACCAGAUAACUGUCUGGUGACUGAAUUUAGCAGCCUCUCUGCUAGGGACCGCACCUUCUCUUACCCCACGUGUAACUAUUUUCUAAAUGUGACAAGGGCAUUAAUUAAUGGGGGUAUUCAGUUCAUCUUUAUUAAGGUGAAAUAGGAUAAGUGUAGCAACACUCACUUGGGUAAAAUAUCUCAUUUUUGUGGUACAGGUGGUACUGCAUUCAUAGACUGACAUGGCCACUUCACUUUAUUAUUGGUGGCUUUAUCACUUGCAGUACCACUUCCUGACAGUUUGGGUGGGAAGUAGAAUUCUCCUACUGAGCUGUAACAGAACAGCAUAUUUUGAAAUAAAAUCACUUUUUUUACUGACCAGUACCAGAUGUAGCAUGGCCCUUGUUUUAAUCGUAGAGAGAUCCCAAACACGUCUUUCUCAGAUCGGGCAGCAGAUCUCUCUACGAGGGAGACAGGGCCCCAGAUAAGGACCAGGAAUGUACCAAUACUGUUUUUGUUUUUUUGCAGCUUGAAUGGCUUCCCUUCAUGUUGUUUAAACAAAAAAAUCAAGUUCUCUCUAUAAACUAGGGAUGCACUGAAUCCGAAUCCUUAAAAUCAUGAAACUUUUUUGUCA